AUGAAACUCAACUUUGCCAUCAUUGUAUCUCUGGGCCCUGUCGCCUCAGCCCUCCCCUAUAAACAAGACUACUCCGAUGUGUGGGGACAUCUCCGAUCUAAUAUCAAACAUGUUGUCUACCUAAUGAUGGAGAACCACUCCUUCGACAAUAUCGCCGGCUACUGGGACUUCCAUCCAGACAUUGACAACCUCAGAAAUAUCACCUACUGCAAUGAGUACACCAACCCGAAUUGGACGGUCUGGGGAGAAGCGUUGGAGAUCUGCGCCGCGCCGUUCGAGACGGAGGUACCGCUAGUCGAUCCAGACCAUGAAUUUGCAGGCGUCACCUACCAAAUCUACCGCAAGUGGGAUGCGACGAACGCCGAUGUCCCCAACAUGGGAGGGUUCGUCGAGCGCCAGUCCGAGAAGUACGGAUCCACUCCCGGGGAGGCCGCGUUCGUGAUCAAGGCGUACGAUCAAAAGAAGUCUGCGACUCUGGCUGAGAUUGGGCAGAACUUUGCGUUUUGGGAUUCUUAUUUCGCGGAACACCCUGGGUCAACCAACCCUAACCGUCAAUUCGCAACGUCGGGCUCAACCUGCGGAGCCAUCGACAAUCGGCCUCAAGCAGCCGGGUUCUUCAACAAUGUAACGGGAACUAGCUGCGCGGUGUCGAUUUUCGAGGCUCUCUCGAGGAAGAACAUCACAUGGAAGAAUUACUACGAAAAAGACAUUAUCGACGCAUGGAUGUACAAAUGGGUCCAAGAAAACGCCAUCUCAAAUCUUGCCCACGCCAAUCAGUUCUAUCAAGAUCUGGAGCAAGGAACCCUCCCCACAUUCUCCUAUAUCAAUCCCGAAUGCUGCACCAUCGAUUCCAUGCACCCGACCAGCAACAUGGCCACAGGCGAGCAAAUGAUCAAGCAUCUCUACGAUGCCGUCCGUCGAUCCAAAUACUGGGAUAACAUGCUUAUCAUCCUUAAUUUUGACGAACACGGUGGUUUCGCAGACCACGUUCCUCCCCCGGCGAAUAUUCCGGCGCCUGAUGAUAACCUUACCUAUAGCGGAACCUCUGAAGGACACAAAGUCAACUAUGACUUUACCCGUCUGGGUGUGAGAGUGCCCGCCUUCCUGAUCUCUCCUUAUAUCCCCGCCAACACUCUCAUCCACGAGAAAGGUACAAUGUAUGAUGAUGCCAGCUCGGCCUAUACGCACUCGUCGAUCCUGCAUUUCCUACAGAAUCUGUGGGGGUUAGAGGGGCUUAACAACCGCGUGCAGUGGGCGAAGACAUUCGAGUAUGUGUUCUCGACUGAGAAACGAGAGGACACGCCGGAGAGACUCGCGACGCCUGUCUGGUACGGGAGUAGUUGGGAGCCGAAGCCAGAGCGAUUUUAUCUCUUGAAUCAGGAGGAGAGCUAUUACCAGGCGCGGCCUUGACGGUUCACUCUAGGGUUUCUUAUAUGCCACGCGGCAGAAUAGGGUCGAUUUAAUGGAUACCUGCCAGCAUACAAGCAAGUAAAAGUAUAUGGAAAUCAAAUUCGUGGCUUCAUCAAUCAUUAAAUACAGUGCCAGUUCAUAUCUGUCCUAUAAUAUAUAUAUAUAUAUAUAUUUUUUUUUUCUCGUCUGCCGUCCACGGCAUUUCUUUGACUGUGUCUACGAGUUUCGAAUUUGAGUCGAGUUUAGUCUUAGAAUCUAUCCUCCUAUGUCAGCAAGCACGCACACUUAUAAACAAGGGUGGAAAACCUCACCCUCUCCUAUGCUCCACUUUCUGCUCCACCUCAGUCACAGUUCUAGUCAUAUUCCACAGUCGACUCUUAUACGCCGGGAACGAAGUAUGAUUCCAGAUGUUGACCAGAACACU